AUACUCGAGAAUACUGUAUUUUUCCGCUGCAUGAGUGAUAGACGAUCUUGAAGGGUGUAAAAUAGUAAUAAAAGUGUAUUUCUGUAUAGAAAACAGGAAAAUGCACAUUUAUUGGGGGGGAAAAUGGCGAAAAAAACUUUUACUCCGCGAUCGCUAAAGUGAUCGCAGCGCUUCGGCCGUGAGCACUGCAAGUGCAUUGGAAUGUUGACAACAUUUUAGUUGCGUUGACAGCAGAGCAAGAAAAAAGGUGAAAAAUGACGAGUUGAGGGGGCAAUUAGUAAAUAUUUGCUGCAAAGUAGUGCUGCAACCCGAGUGCAAGUGAGCCAUGCUGACGCUGCUGAGCGAGACGCGCCUGUGGUCGUGUCGCGAGGACAUCAAGAUCAAGGAGACGGACUUCGGGUGCUACAGAUACCACCAGAAGAAGGAGCUCGCGGAUGAGGGGCUGUACGCCGCGGGGAAGCGCCUGUACGGGCAGCGCAGGGACAUUCGACACGCGGUGGACAAGGGGGCGCCGAAGCUGCGCAGCGGCAUCAGGAAGCUGGAGGAGCUGCUGGAGAAGCACAAGGUGAUCUACUGCCAGUGGAAGGACAACGUCGUGCUGCGUCUGAUGCUAUCGAAUGGUCUCAUUGUUCACGUGUGUGUCAACAUUUUCACGGGUGAGGUGAUGAGAGUGGCCUUCGACAAGUACUUCCUCGGCAAGAUCAUCUCCGAGGCCAUCACAGACGUGCUGAUGACGCGCCUGCACAUUCUGAUCGCCUACAACCAGAACCAGAUCACGUUCGUCUACCUGCAGAAGCCCAGCCUGCGGCGCUCCGUGCCGGAGAAGAUCAGUCGCAUGGAGCCGAAGAUCUUCAACAUCAUCAUUGGCGGGCCGCAGGGCAGGAAGCUGCCACGUCAGAUCUCGUGCAAUGUGAGCGGCGAUCUGGUGGCCAUCUGGACGCGCUCGUCGCAGAACGAGGUCUAUCCCUGGCGGCCCACUGUGCGCGACCAGGAUCGCGCCAACAUCCACAUCUACAAGUUCAGCCGCGCCAAGCUGGAGCCGCUGUGCUUCCACUGGACAGAGAACGAUCCAAUCUGCAUCGAGUUCGUGCGCCUGAGCGACAAUCAGCUGCGCACGGUGGAGCAGAGGGUGUCGCGGAAGGGCGAGGUGACGAUCGAGAGCUCGAUCUAUGAGAUCAACAAGGUGAAGCUCAAUCGCAUCGCCGUAACGUCGAUUCCGCUGCAGACGCAGGUCUGCUGCCACUCCUACAGUCCGGAUCACGAGAAGCUGAUGCUGGGCUGCAUUGACGGGUCGAUUGUGCUGUUCGACGAGGGCCGAGGCAUUACGCAUCUGGUCAAAGCGGCUUUCAUCGCCACGAUGAUCUCAUGGCACGGCGACUCCGGGCUCGUUGUCAUAGCGAAUGAGAGGUGUCAGUUUCAGUGUUUCGACAUCUCGCUGUCCUGCAUAAAGAGCCAAUUGAUCAGCGAAGACUACACGCCGUCCAACAUUCUCGACGUGUCCAACUACUUCAGCAGUCAGCCCACGCUGUCCAGGAUCUGCUGGAGCAGGAAGCCCGAUCUGCAGGGCCACGCGGAGAAGUUCAGCCAGACGGACAGCUUUCUGCUGCUGAUCUUCGAGGGUGGCCCCGUGGGGUGCAUGCGCUUCUUCGGCGGCGCCGGAAUGAAAGGAGACAUUCACACGUCCGGUUUCACGCCGGAUGUCUUCGUGCACAGUUACUUGAGUGUGAAUCAGGUGGAGAAGGCGAUCAACAUUCUGCUGUGCCUCAAUUGGGACACUUAUGGCGCCAUGUGCUUGUGUUCUCUACACAAGAUUGCCAACUUCAUCUUCCGCCACCCGCUGACGGCCGACCGGGAGUUGCAGCUGCAGAAGGCGCUGGGCAGCUUCCAUGUGCCGGUGAAGCCGCUGUGCGAGGAGACUGAAUUGGAGUUUGGCGAUCAAGUGAAGGACAUCACGAGGAAGUUCUUCCAGUAUCUCUUGAGGUACAGAUCAUUCGAGAAGGCCUUCAGUUUGGGCAUUGAUAUCAACGAUGAGGACUUGUUUAUGGAUCUCCACAAUGCCGCCGUGGCGAAUGGGGAUGGAAGUCUGGCUGAGGAUGCGCUGAAGAAGGCUGAGGAGAUCAUCAAUAAUGCCAACAGUCGCGGAAGCAGUCAUUCCACGUGUUCUCACUCUUCCUGCUCACUCUGCACGGACAAUUCGGCGUCCUCCAGUGAGGAUCUCACGACUGAGGGUGUCCAGAAGCCGCCGGAUGUUGUUGAGUGCUCGUCGUGUGCGACUGAGAGCGAUAAUCUCUUGGGACCGAGUGUUCCGAACAAGCGUCAGGGAAUCAAUGCGGCUUCUGUGACUUCGACAGCCUCUUCGGCGUCUUCCUACUUAGAACAUCCACCGCUGCCCACUGUGUCGACGUCCAAGACGUCCUACAUUCCACCUCUGCCAUACACGGCAAAUACGCUGCCGGACAAGUCGUUCAGGAUCACUAUUCCAAAGCCAGAACUGAAAAUCUCUCGAGCCAGCACAGCUUUUGGUGGGCACAAUGUCAAGACUCUGUACAACUCUCAUGAGGACAUUUUCCUCACAGAUCCACCGCUGCCGAUGGCGAAAGGCGGUGGUGGGAAGAAGUCUCAUGUGGGUGGGAGUCAGCAGAAUCUCCUGGAUGACAGAAUGGGAGGAUGGCGACCGAAUUUGGGUCACAACAGUUUCUCCACCGACUACAUUGAUCGCUUUCACGAUGCUUUCAAUUUUGGCAAUCAUCAGGGAAAAGGUGGAAAUGCAAAGCCACCGAUUGCCUUGCCUCGAUCAGUCUUUCCCAAUGAGCACAUGGUGAUCGAUGUGAUUCCCAAGCCGUCCACUGCUCAAAUGCCACGAUCUACAAGUGCAAUUGAUCAGACGCUGGGCAUUCCGUUGACCUACAAUCCGCCGAGCUUCCACCAUGUGAAGCACUCUUUUCCCAGCGUUUCGCUGUACGGAAGGAGUACAGUGAGUGUCCCGAGAGCCGAUAGUCUGCAGUCGAUCAACACUGUGGCAGUGCCGACGGUGAUUCAUCAGUAUCCGCUGAUUUCGGGCAAUAUUCCCGCUGUGUCGUCCAACAGUUCGUCGAAGGCGCAUCAAUUGGAGAACAGUGCAAUAAUAAAUCCGUCCACGAGUGGAAAUUCAUCGUACUUGAGGAAUACGAAGGACACUGCAUCGAUUCUGGCACUGACAUCACCUUCGGGGAGGACACAGGCCAACCUGGUGGCGUCUGGCGCUGGUCAGAGUGCCAAGAAGGAGUCUGGAGAGAAGAAUAAGGUGAAAUUCUCCGAUACGAUCACAGUUGCUGUUGUUCCGGAGAUUCCGAGGAAGGAGAAGCCAUCAGUUCCUAGUGACAGGUCCAAGAGAGCCAAUGGAUGGAGUCAAAUAACUGAUCCGCAGAAAGAAUUGGCCGACAGCUUGCCGCUGUGUCAUCCCAACGAUGAGUAUCUGAAGGACUUCACUCCAAUGUCUGAUGUAAAUCCCGAUGCUGACAAUGAGGUAAAUCCGCGCAAUUCCAGCUCGACCAUCAAAGUGGUGCAUUUUGGCGUGGUGUGAGGCAAAAAAAAACAAUCUUCCGUCCAAUAUUCUUC